CAUAAGUUUGGUCCUACUAACCAAACAGCUGAUUAGGAAAAAUUAAAUUAAGGAACAAAUCUAUAUCAUAUAGCGGACAAAUACAUAUGUUUUGCCGACGCUCAUUGUUGGGCGUAACGACUAGAUGCCUACGGCUUCCGUCUACGCAGCAACUCACAUCUGGUCAGCCUGAAAAUGACCUAGCCAGCGGCCUCUUGCACGCCUUCUCGGAUGCAGAUAGUCUAAAGAUUCUCAAGACGAUAAAUGAAAGCGGCAUGAAUGAGCUAGCCAGAUACGACAUAUCCAAGGCGAGGGCCACGAAGCUUCAAAAUUGGAAGGACCGUCAUGGACCGCUGCAGAAACUCAGUGACAUCCUAUAUGUAGAGGGAUUCGGACUGAAGGUGACCACCAAAUUCUUUACAAGUUUGCUUGCGCCAGUGAGCACUGGGAGUAUUACAGAAGACCUCCAAAUUAAGACAAAAGCUGCACGAGUCGCGCCCUUUAUAACACCGGCCAUGGACGAGGAACAGCGUUCCCGGAUAGCAUCUGCCGUAGGGGUGCGUAUCGGAGUGACCAGUGUAAGCUGGGCACGAUUGAAGAUUGGGGGCGACGAAGCUCCAUGUCUGCUCACGCACUGGCAACACCAUGAGCUGAACGACAAGAAGCUGCAUUUGUCAGAACUUUCCCGCCGCUGCCUCUAUGUCUUUCACCAGAUACCGGAUGCAGAUUGCUACGUCAUGGAGAGUCCACAAAUGGCGCAAGCCAGCAGCAACCCGGGGAGCAUCGAUCAGCAGAACGUAAACAUACAAAAGGCACAGGUGUAUGCAAUCAUGAGCUUUUCCUUGAUGGCCCGUUCAGAUAGCGACGAGAACCAAAAGAACAACGUAUACUACAUGCGACGUUUUCUCUCAGCCCGACUGUUUAAUCACCUGGUGGGUACUGAGCGCGUGUCCUCUGAGGACACGAUAUUGGCCAUGAUGAACGUGGAACAUCAGAUCCCCGAAACAGAGUCCUCAAUAAAUCUGCACAAACAGGUCCACUUUCCCGCUGACCUACGCCAUCUAUUUUCGCAGCAAGAGCGCUACCAGCGCGAACUUUUAGGCCAGGCACUUCUUCUCAGCUUAGCUUUUACUCGUCUCGUGCUUCAACAAGAUCCGCAAAGUAUCGCAUCGGUGACGCGCAACUCCAAAGACUCCACUCAAAGCCGGACCUCUUGAAAAGCUACAAGUACCAAAGGCCGUUUUUCCAUUGCAACUUUGUAAUUUAAUAAACAACAAAUGUUGCGCUCUGCGGAAAAUUUUCAGGAAAAGGCCUGCAAAAAGUUACCAGUAGUGGAGGCCGUUUUGCCAUUUGCAAUAACUUUGUAUUAUAAUAAACCAAUGCAAAAUUA